UUAUUAUCGUUCAAGCCUUGAGUCGUGUCGGUUCGUUCGUUCACUCAACUUUUUUUUUGAAAAAAAAAACAAAACAAAAAAAGGCAUUCGACACAUUUUUUUCUCUUCCACCCUCUCCGACUUCUAAUUUAUUCCGAUCAACGUUUUUUUCUUGCAAUCGCUUUUCAAAAUCCGUUGCUCAGCCAUGAUGAAAUAUUUUGGCAUCCUUUGCUGCUUCAUCGUCCUAGUCGCCAUCGGUGCGGAGGCGGAAACUGAAUUCAUCUGCCAGUUUACAUCGAAAACGUUGGCUUGUCGAAAUGGCAAGAGCCUCGACAUCAAGUUCGCCAAUUACGGUCGCAUUGGUCACAACGUUUGCUCGCGCGGAGGUUAUCGUUCGGGAGCCGACCGCAUCAACAAUUGCUACGACGAAUCGCACACGGAUUUGGUGGGCAUGCUGUGCAACGGCCAGACCACCUGCGUGUUGCCCGCCUCCAACGAGGUGUUUGGCGACACUUGUCCGGGUGUUUUGAAAUAUUUGCAAGUCAAAUAUCAUUGCGUCUAACGGACGAA